AUGGUCUGGAGCGCCUGUCCCUCCGCGGACAAUCUGCGCUUGAACAUAAGCUUUGACCCGACUCGCUUCGAACCAGACACUAUCCAAGCCAUCCUCGACAAUACUGUUGACGUGCUCGCAGCUAUAGUCUCUACCCCCGACCACACAGUAGACAACAUUCCGUUCUCUCAUGCACUCGACCAGCUCGUCGCGGCCGGCAUUCCUGUCGACCCCGUACCAAUCUCCUCAGAGCCUCGUCCUACGCUCAUCCAGGCCUUCUCAGACGCCGUUGUCGCCCAUCAUGACCUCCCAGCGCUCAUUGACGGAGACCUCACCUUGACAUACCAUGAAGUCGAUAUCCUCUCUUCCAUUCUCUCUCGGAGGAUCCUAGAGGCCACGAAGCAGCAAGAAACACAUGCUUUUGUGUCUUUCUGUAUCCCCUCGGGAGCCACUGCCAUCUUGACCAUCCUUGCUAUCGUGAAGAGCGGCGCUGCAUACGUGCCUCUCGAUAUACGCUUCCCCGCAGAACGCCUUGAGUCGCUGGUUGAAGACUCUGGCGCAUCUCUCGUUAUUACCACCUCAGCAUCGCCUUCGUUCGGUUUCGAUCGCGAGCGUGUGGCACAUCUGGACGUCACCAGCUUCCUUGAUGACCGAAAGUCGCUCGUUGCUUCAUCUGUCCACGAGGAGCGCGACGGAUCUGUUUCGCCCGCCUCGCCCGCGGAGUCCUCAAACGAUGCCGCCUACGUGCUUUACACCAGUGGCAGCACCGGCAAGCCGAAAGGCGUUGUCAUCAAGCAGUCGUCCGUCGUAGCCUUCGCCACCAAUCGCGACAUCUUCACAUGGGGCCCGGGAUACCGUAUCGCCCAGAUCAACAAUCUGGCCUGGGACGCGAGCGUGGCCGAUAUCUGGUGCACGCUCCUGCUGGGCGCGACACUCGUGUGUUUCGACCGCGUCGACGUGCUCAACGCGCCUGCUCUCGCGCGACGUUUUCAGACUGCGCGCAUCGAUGGCUACCUGCUGCCCACAUCGCUUUUCCGCCAGUUCGCCGCCGUCUGCCCUGACGCCUUCCACAGGCUCACGGAGAUCGUGACCGGCGGCGAGGCACUCGACUAUGCGAGCGUCUGCCGAGCGCGGGCGGCAGCCCCGAGCGCCGUGAUCCGGAAUGCGUAUGGCCCGACCGAGGCGUGCGUGAUGGCAACGAUCUUCAACGUUUUCCCUGGCGACGACGAUGUACCGCAUACCGGGCCCGUGCACAUUGGUCGCCCGCUCGAGACUAGCCAAGUGCUCGUCGUCGACCGCUACAGGCGGCUCGUGCCGCCGGGCGUCAUUGGCGAGCUGAUCAUCGGUGGCGAGGGCAUCGCCGAGGGGUAUCUCAACCGUCCUGCAGAGACCGCGGACGCGUUCGUCGAGCUGCACAUUGACGAUCUGCCUGGGAACACAAGGUUCUACCGCACGGUGAGCAGUGGUGAUGCUGUGCGCUGGUGUGAUGAGCGAUUGCAGUUCGUGGGCAGGAUGGAUGUUGGGCAAAUCAAGAUAUCUGGACAGAGGCUCGAGCUCGGCGAAGUCGAGGCAAAUAUCCUGCGCACCGGACUCGUCGCCGACGCCGGCGUCAGCUACCACAAGCCGACCGAUGCUGGCGACUCCGGCCUUGUCGCAUAUGUUAUCCUCGGCUACGAGCAGACGCUCGAGGUUGACGAUCAUAACAGCCUUCGCGAACGUCUGAGGGCGGCGCUGCCGUCCUACAUGGUCCCCGACCGACUCUUGUCCGUGGAUGCUCUUCCGCUCCUGACGAGUGGGAAGCUGGAUCGGCGCCAACUGGCAGCGAUGGCAGCGAAGGACGCUAGCCGUGAUGUUCACAGAGCCGCCGAGGAAGACCAGGAUAUUUUGCCCGCGAACGACAUGGAAGCCCGGCUAUGUGCAAUCUUCGGCCGCCUGCUAUCGAGUCGAGCAGUUUCACCCCUAGCGAAUUUCUUUCAAAUCGGAGGGCACUCCUUGCUUGCGACGCGACUGAAGUCUGCGCUCGAAUCGGAGUUCCACGUCGUUAUCCCGCUCAGGACAAUAUUUGCCCGCUCCACCCCUAGACAGCUUGCAGCUAGCAUCCGCGAGGGUCUCACCUCCGCGCCACCUGACCAGCACGCCAGUUUCCCGACGAAGACCAUCCUCUCCCAUUCCGGUCCUUCCGACCCAUCUGACGAACUUUCCAUGGAUAUGACGAUACCAUUUGACGGGACGCAUUACCCAUUGUCUUUUGCCCAACAACGACUCUGGUUCCUCUCGAAACUCGCAUACUACGGAUCGCAGAACAUUUGUUAUAACACUCCCUACGUCUUGAGGCUGGAAGGAUCUCUGAAUAUCGACGCUCUCGAGCGCACCGUCCAGGAGGUCGUCUCUCGUCACGAAAUUCUCCGCACCAUUUUUGUCGAGGUGAACUAUGCGCCGGCUACUCGAGUGGUCGAUUUCUGUCCUCGUCUUGAGGUCGUAUCCGUGGACCCUGAUACUGACGAACAAUCCCUGCGCACACUCAUCGGAGAGUAUGUCAGGCGUCCGUUCUCCCUCGACCGCGAGCCAUCGGUCCGUGCAACCUUGUUCCGACUCUCACGGGACCACUUUCAUCUGCUCCUAUGCAUGCACCAUAUCAUAGUUGACGGCUUUUCUUUUGACGUCAUUCGUCAGGAGCUAGCGGAGAUCUACGUCGCUUUCCAAGCCGGUAAAGACCACGAGGUCCCUCCGCUGCCCAAUCAGUACAAGGAAUUCGCGCAAUGGCAGCGGUCGGAAGACUUCGAGCGUAUGGUGCAGCCUCAGCUCGAGUAUUGGACGAAGCAGCUCAAAGGCAACCAGGCGGCGGGACUGCCGACGGACUUCCCACGGCCUCAACAUCUCAGCUAUGAGGGGAAGGCAUACAUCGCUCAAUUUCCCCAGGAGCUGUUCACUCGACUGGGGCAAAUAUGCAAGCAGGAGCGCGUGACGAUGUUCAUGCUCCUGUCGGCCGCCUUCCGCAUGGUUCAGUUCCAGCUCACCGGUCAGACAGACGCCUCCUUCGCCUUCCCCAUCGCCAAUCGCAAUCGAGCCGAGACCGAGAGGCUCGUCGGGUUCUUCGUCAACACGCAAAUUCUCCGGCUGAAAGUGCGUCCUGGGAUGACGUUUCUGGAGCUGAUUCAACAAGUGCGAGACCUGUCGAUGGCGGCGUUCGAAUAUCAGGACCUGCCCUUCGAGCGGAUCGUCUCGAUUCUCAACCCGACUCGUGACCUCAAUCGCAACCCGUUGGCGCAGAUUAUCCUCGCUUACCAGACUGUGAAGACUGCACCGUUCAACAUAGGAGACGUCCGUGCUUCCAACCCGCGAAUUAAUAUGGAUCUGACGAGGUUUGAUAUGGAAGUCCAUUUCUUCCCCGGGAGUGACGGCCAGCUGGCCGGCCAGUUUGUGUACAGCACCGACUUAUUCAAGGAGGAGACCGUCAUCGACUUGACGGAACGGUUACAAAAGGUUCUGGAGCAGGUCGUUGACAACGUACACUUUGCCAUCAGUCCACCGCGAUCCUCUUCGACGCUUCGCCAGCCGACUCCAUCUGACGUGGCAGCGUACUUGCACGACUAUGUCCCCUGCGAAUUCCCUCUCGACAUGCCCAGAUGUUCGGGCAGUGUGUCUCCGCAGCGAGGGACGCACUCCUUCAUCUUGCCGCCAACUAUCUGCGAUGUACUUCGGGCCUCGUCGCUGGGCGAGGAGGAGCUUCCUGCGCUGUACCUCACUGCACUCUCUGUGCUCAACCAUCGGUACACCCGCCAAGGGGAUAUCACUAUCGGUGCGUUCCCUUGUGUUUCUGCGUACGGAAGAUGA